AUGACUGAGGAAAUGAAGGAUAUGAUGAAGGUUCCAGCAGUUCACAUUUUCACUGCUAUAAUACCAGCACUGAUUAUAGCAGCCUUUUUAUAUUCUCAAGCAGUUCCAGUUCUAGUGUCUCUCCUAAGAUCAGGUCCACUUGGUGUAAAGAUCCAAGCAACUACAGUUUUGGGCUCAUUAUGUAAGGAAAAUGAACUACGGGUCAAAGUAUUACUUGGGGGUUGCAUUCCUUUGCUUCUCGCUCUUCUAAAAUCAAAAGAAGGUCAAAUCACAGCUGCAAAUACCAUUUAUGUUGUUUCUGAAGGUGAUGCCAAAUAUCAUGUUGGAUCCAAAAUCUUUGCCACUGAAGGGGUUGUUCCAGUGUUGUGGGAGCAACUCGAAAAGGGUUCAAAAGUAGUUGAUGAUUUGCUGACUGGUGCUUUGAGAAACAUGUGUGGGACCACUGAGGGUUUUUGGUCAGCAAUAGUCAAAGUUGGGGGAGAAGAUAUAUUGGUAAAGCUAUUAACACAUGACCAGUUAAACACGCAAGCCAAUGCUUGCUUUUUAUUAUCAUGUAUGAUGAUGGAAGAUGCAUCCGUAUGUUUAAAGAUAUCAACUUCUGAAACUACAAAACGACUCCUGAAGCUAUUAGGACCUGGUUAUGAACCUCUAGUUAGAGCACAAGCUGCAUCAACUUUAUAG